AUGGUGAUAUUUGUGCAGACCUUGACAGGGAAGACUAUUGCCUUGGAGGUGGACAGAUCUGAAACAAUUGAUGAUGUGAAGGAAAAGAUCCAGUACAAUAAAGGCAUUCCCCCACACCAGAUGCGACUCAUUUUUGGUGGGAAGCAAUUGGAGGACUAUCGUACUUUGGCAGAUUACGGGAAGACUAUUGCCUUGGAGGUGGACAGAUCUGAAACAAUUGAUGAUGUGAAGGAAAAGAUCCAGUACAAUGAGGGCAUUCCCCCACACCAGAUGCGACUCAUUUUUGGUGGGAAGCAAUUGGAGGACUAUCGUACUUUGGCAGAUUACGUGGUUGUUUGGCAUGUUCAAAAUUUCAUGUAUGUGGAUCUGUGA